AUGGUUUAUCCUGAUGGUAUUAAUAAGGGUGAAAUUAUUUCAUCAUACCUACAAAAAAAGGCACUAAAUUUAGUUCUAUCAAAUCGGGGAAAACAAGAUUCUAGUGCCACAGGGAUCCAAAAUAAAAUAAAAUUAUUAAAGAGUGAAAAUGAAAAGUUGACUAAGAAAAUUGAAUCAGCUACUUCGAAGAAGAGAACUCUGGCCAUCAAACUAAAAAAACAAGAACAAAAUAGAGAUCUUUAUAUUUCACGAAUGAGAUCAUUAGUUUCGAAAAGAAAAAAUGUAUCAGAAGGAAAGAUCCAAAAAAAUAUAACAAAAAAGAUUAAAGAGAAUAAACAUACCUAUACGCCUGAGUUUACUGCUCUAAUAUCCCAAAUUAGCAAUAUAGAAGUAGCAGAACUUGCAAUUAUUGAAAAUCUUCCAAAUUCCACUUCUACAUUUGCUUCAUAUGGAAUCCUAGCAGAUGAAAGCACAAGAGGAGAUAAAAAAAUCUUCUUAGUAUGUGUUGCACAUUGGAAUACAAUCAAAGAGGAACCUAUUAUCACAAUCCUAAGUAUGAAAGACUUGGAUUGUUGCACCUCAACCAAUUUAGAAUGCUCAAGGAAUGUUCCUGAGGGAUAUCUUCAUAAAUGGAAAACAUUCCUAGAAUUCCUACUGAAUGAAAAGUUGAAUAUAGAAAUAUUAAUAAUGGUUAAAUUUGGGGAAUGGUUCUAUGAAAGAAUAAUAAAUUUUUUAAUUGGUUCUGAUAAACAUCCUUAUAUUAUUCAAGGAACUUCUAGUAAACCUCUACCAAAUGGAUAUCGUGCUCAUCAGAUGCCUGAAAUGGUAGAGAUUUGGAUUGAUGAAUUAAAAAAUGCUUUACAGAGUCCUGAUGAAAUUUUUAUAAAGGAAUUGCAGACAGCCCGUGACCUAUUAAAUGAGCAAGAAUUUCUAAAUUUGGCAGAUAAAGUACAAUUAGGAUCUUUUGAUUUACUCCAAUACUCUAACUGA